GAUCUUUGGAUUGUGAGUUUCAUGCACUUGGUUUAAGCCCAGUUUUAGUUUGAGCAAGAAUUAACUAUGAGGACUGUGACAGUUUUCUGUGUCCUUUUCAUGUUGCAUCUAUGUCUCUUGGACUCUGGAAGAACUGGGAAAGUUCUUGUAUGGCCUGUGGAUUUUAGUCAUUGGAUUAAUUUAAAAGUUAUUCUGGAAGAACUUCACCUUCGUGGGCAUGAGAUAACUAUCCUGGUACCUUCAGCAAGUCUUCUGAUGGAUCAUACCAAGAUGCCCUUUAAUGUGGAGAUCCUCCAACUUUCGAUAACUAAAGAAGCUUUUGUGGAAGAGCUCAAUACCGUACUCUAUGUAGCUUCUUUUGAACUGCCAAAACUCUCGUGGUGGGACAUGCAAAUAGAACUGGCAAAAAUUACCAAAGAAUUUUUAUCAACAGCCAAAAGAGUGUGUGACAGUGCUAUCACAAAUAAGGGAUUACUCAGCAGGCUACAGGCAGCUAAGUUUGAUAUCUGUAUUGCUGACCCUUUAAGUUUUUGUGGGGAGUUGGUGGCCGAAAUCCUGAAUAUUCCAUUCAUAUACUCUUUUCGGUUUUCCUAUGGGAAUGUCCUUGAAAGAUUGUGUGCUGGGCUCCCUAUGCCUUCUUCAUAUGUUCCUGGCAGCACAUCAAGACUGACGGAUAACAUGACUUUUCUACAGAGGCUGAAGAACUGGUUAUUGUAUACAGUGAGUGACAUGAUAUAUUUAUAUUAUGUAUUUCCGGAAUGGGAUGAGUAUUACAGCAACGUUUUAGGAAAACCUACCACACUAUGUGAGAUGAUGGGGAAAGCUGAAAUGUGGUUGUUGCGAACUAACUGGGAUUUUGAAUUUCCUCAACCUUAUUUACCUAAUUUUGAAUUUGUUGGAGGACUGCACUGUAAGCCUGCAAAGCCCCUACCUCAGGAGUUUGAAGAGUUUGUUCAAAGCUCUGGAGAAGAUGGAGUUGUGGUGUUUACUCUGGGGUCAAUGAUCAAAAACCUCACAGAAGAAAAGUCUAAUGUGGUUGCAUCAGCCCUGGCCCAGAUUCCACAGAAGGUUCUGUGGAGGUACACAGGAAAGAAACCAGAAACAUUAGGAGCCAACACCCGACUAUAUGAAUGGAUUCCACAGAAUGAUAUUCUUGGCCAUCCCAAAACCAGAGCUUUUAUCACUCACUGUGGAACUAAUGGGAUCUAUGAAGCCAUUUACCACGGGGUCCCUAUGGUGGGAGUUCCCAUGUUUGGUGAUCAGCAUGAUAACGUUGCUCGUGUAAAAGCCAAAGGGGCAGCUGUUGAAGUAGACUUGCAGACAAUGACAAGUUCCGAUCUGCUGAAUGCUUUGAAGGCAGUCAUCAACAACUCUUCCUAUAAAGAGAAUGCUAUGAGGUUAUCAAGAAUUCACCAUGAUCAGCCUACGAAGCCCCUGGACCGAGCAGUCUUCUGGAUCGAGUUUAUCAUGCGCCACAAGGGAGCCAAACACCUUCGGCCAGCGGCCCACGACCUCACCUGGUACCAGUACCAUUCUUUGGAUGUGAUUGGCUUCCUGCUAGCAUGCGUGGCAACCAUUAUAUUCCUGGUCACUAAAUGUUGCCUAUUUUGUUGGUGGAAGUUUGGUAAGAUUGCUAAGAAGAAAAAAAGAGAAUAGUAUUUGUUUUAACAGUUGGGCUGGAAGCCUUCGUAAGGUCCAUCUGAAUUCACUCAGCCACCACUUAAAAUAGAUUCCUUUCCUACUCCCCCAGGUUCUUGUGCAUUCCUCAGCUUAUCAAGUCAAAAUCAAAGACUCACCCUAAAAAUAUGCCACAUGAUUCCAAAUUAAGGUUUAAAAUAAUCUAUUCUUUUAAAAGAGAACGUAAACAAUUAAACACAUGGAAGUUACUACCA